GGGAGAGCGACAGAGCGAUCCUCCUGUUUGUGUUGCUUUCGUUCAGUUCGGCAUUUUCCGAGUCGCGCUUGGUGACCUUCUGGGGUACCUUUGCCUGUUUUUCGUUGGCGAUGGCGGCGAAGAUGGAGGGAGCUGACACGUCCCGACUCUUUGUCUUCUCUAUUGGUAGCUGUUUCGGCACGCGACACUUGGCUAUGUCGCUGCUGCUCUUGCUUCUUCUCCUGCUCACGCAAUCCCGUGUUCAGGGCCAGACCCAGCUUGAUAUUGUAAUGGAGAUCAAACAGGAACUGGGAGAUCCACCGGGACUGAGUAACCUGCAGCGAAACUCGAUUUGUGACGUGGGUAGCCCUGAUAGAAAGAAAACUGACGCAUUGCUCACCUGCACUAAUGGCAGUGUUACAGCUUUGGAUUUCAGCGAACUCAAUCUGAAUUCGAUCUUGCCAAAAUCUAUUGCCAAGUUAACAAACCUUACGUCUUUAACACUGAAGUCUAACUUCUUUUACGGGAGCAUACCGGCAAGUUAUGGGAUGCUGACGAAACUCACUAUUCUCUCAUUAUCCAACAAUAAUCUCACAGGAAUCAUACCAGAUGAGCUAGGGAACUUGAAGCUUUUAGAAGUACUGGGUUUGAGUGGGAACGGCCUAACUGGAAGUCUGCCAAAGUCGCUCGGUGGCCUGCAUAGCCUCAGGGAAAUGUAUGCCCAUUCAAUCUACUCGGAGACCACGACAGCUGAACUCAGCAAGUGGGAAGAGGAGGAAGCCGCCCGCCAGCAGGAAAUUCAAUGCCAGCUGGCAGAGGCAGAGGCAGCACGUCACCAGGCCGCAGCAGAAGCUGCAGCAGCCGCACGGUUGCAACAGCAGCAGGUCGAGGCAAGCCAGAACCAAGUUCGUUAUCAAGCUACAAUGGAGCUCGCCAACGAAGAAAGCACGUAUCGGAGGAUACUCCGACAACAGCACUUUCAAGCAAACGACGAGCAAGAGGAGUCGACCGAGGAAGAGAGAAACAAGGAAGCCAGAACAGUUCUGAUGGAGAACCUGCUGUACACGUGCAAUUGGCAGCAACAUGAACUGCUGGCCAUGCGGCAGGUCUUCAUCCGCCAUGAAACAACGUUCAAGGCACUGGACAAGAAGAUCGCUACCCUGCAGGCCGAGAUCAGCACACUACAUGCUGCGAACAGCCAGCAGCAAACACUCAACGACCAGCUGCAGACUGAUGUCAGCAUGGGGUUGGCACAACUGUCAGCAGCUGCGUCAGCGGGCAGCACAGUGGCAGACUGCAGCCCAGCUUUGGCCACGCUCAGCGACCACGUUCAGCAACGACCGGCCGCUGUCGCCGAGGAAUGGAAGAUGCCAAACUUCAAGAUCGAGAAGUUUGACGACUACCACAAGACCGAUCCGUUGCAAUGGUGGAUGGCGUUCAACGCGGAGGCGGAUGUACAUCACACCCCCGCAAUACGGCGACUUGACGCACUCUACCUCCAACUCAACGGAGGGGUGCAGGCUUUCAUGACACACAUUGCCGUCACGUUAGAAUGCACCAUCGCCACACUCCACACUAAGAUUACGUGGGAGGAAUUCGAGAAGAAAUGGAAGACUCGGUUAAUGGUCAACAACGACAAACGGCACGCUUUGAACAAGAUCUUCCACAUAUUCCAAGGCCAGCAAACAUCGCGGGAAUGGCUGACGGAGUGGCAAAGACUCGUCGCCACCCCGGAGUUGAACUUACCAUUCGACUCAAUCCGGGCCGAGUUCUUCGCUCGGUCAUGCGAUGCCUUGACAGCUGCGCUGGGCAGCGAAUUCCAGCAUGAGACCUUUGAUGACAUGAUAUCAAAGGCAAGAGAGCUCAUACAAGUACCACCUCCGUCGACGGACGACGGAUUAGCGGUUGUUGACCUUCGUAACUAUCUUGCGAAGAUCGACCGCGAGUACGCAACGCAACGGUGCGUCGACAUCGACGUGACGCUCCUCUACAUCCGCAUUCAGAUCGGAAAGGCGACCUGCAGUGCCUUGAUCGAUUGUGGAGCGACUCGCAAUUACAUCAGCCAAGACUUCAUGGCAAGCGUCGGGCUAGGCCCGCACGUUCGAAGGAAAAGUCAGCCUACGCACGUCACGUUGGCCGAUGGUCACACGCAAAAGUCAAUUGACCGAUGCAUUGACUCGGUGCCCCUGUACUUUGCCCCGCUAGCAUGCGAGGUCGUGUCUUUCGACAUAUUGGACACCAAGUUCGAUAUGAUCUUAGGCAUGUCGUGGCUGCAAAGCGAAGACCAACCGGUCAACUUCUACCGACGCACCGUUCGCGUUCGAGAUCGGCGUGGCGAACUAGUCCUGUGUGCGGUGCCGCUUCCUCAUCCUUCGAUUGGUUGUCACGUGGUAUCCGCGGCGAGCAUUCGCCAAUCCAUCCGGCGGAACGACAUCGAGGAGAUGGGCAUAUGUUUUCUUCACGCCCUCCCACCCGAUGAUCAGCCCAAGACGGAUACGUCGGACCCACGCAUCAUUGAGCUGUUGGACAACUAUGAGGUUGUCUUCCAAGCUCCCGCCGGAGUAGUACCGGAUCGGCCCAUACGCCACGGGAUCACUCUCGAGGACGGCGCCGUACCUCCGCGCGUGUAUAUGCAUGAGCGAAGAGGAGCUUCAAGUGCUUCGGGCACAACUAGACGACCUCUUGGCCAAGGGUUGGAUUCGCCCUAGCUGUUCGCCAUAACGUGCUCCCGUUCUCUUCGUCCGGAAGAAGAACAAGGACCUUCGUUUGUGCAUCGACUAUCGGAAACUUAACGCG